AUUAUUUAUCUGAACUUAGGACAAGAUAUUUCCCAUAAGAUUCAAUAAUGUGACAAACCGUCACCUCCCAUUCAUUUACCAGUCCUGCAGUCCAUGUCGAGUACCGGUAUGUAUGUAUGUUAGGAAUCAGUUAUGAGAUCAGUUAGUCAGUUAUUUGUUCCAGAUGCAUGGAUUUGAUCUAGUCGAAAUACAGAAAUAUGGAUUCGUGUGACUCAAUUUGAUUUUUCAUACUAACUAUAAAUAGGAAAACUUUUUAAUAUGUUUAAAGUAUAAUAAAAUAUAUAAUAAUCAAUCAAUUUUUGGAUGGACUACUAUUCAUUGUAUUUGUCAUCUCAUUAAACAAUAUUUACUCGUUCAGUCAAAGCAGUAGAGUUUCUGUUACUACAAAGCUUUUUUUUAUAGUCUAGCUUACUCUGCUAUACGAUAAAUAUCAUGAAUUCACAAAAAUACAAAGUGAAACCAGCAUCUGGUCCUGCUAAAGGUAAAGCAAAAACUGGAGAAAAAGUUGUAAAGAAGUCCAAGUCUGGACCUGCAGGAUCAUCCAGUGCAAAAAUUGCACCACCACCUGCAGUUGAACCUCCAAAACCUGAAGGUGUCACAUGUAACUUGAAGCAAAUCAGUAAAGUACUAUUGGAAGAUUCUACAACUAAAAUAAAAGAAUCAGGAAAGUGGCCACUUCUGAUCGAUUCAGCAGGAAAUGCUACUACUUUUUUACGCUAUCAGGACACCAAUUAUCUCUGUACUGCAAAUUCUAAUGAUAUGCAACCUGAAACAAUUCGAAGGGCCCUCAUUGGAUCUAUAAGGUUUGGAAAACCAUUUGUGAUUGAUAUGCUUGACACAGAUAUGUAUCAUUUUCUUGAAAAAAAUGUCAAUGAUAUUCUGCCAAACUUGAUGCAAGAUGUCAUGAACAAAAAGGUGUUGGAAGAGGAAAAAUACAUGCAACUCGUAAAACCUGAAGAUGGCGAUCUGUAUGAGAUUAAUAGUUUUGACAGGGUGCACGAUUUCCUUUUUAUUAUAGUAACAAAGAAAAAUCCACCACCUGAUGAUCUGCUGGCACUCAUGGUGCCUGUCAAGGUGGAGGGUUAAUGUGUGGAUGACUAACAAGCACCAAUUUUUAAUCACUGGUGCUGAUGUACUGUCUUGGUAAUUACUUAAAAGAGGAAAAAACAUAGUAUGGGAAGAGGUAGCUGGACGCCCUGACCACUAAGUUUUCUUAAACUUAGUGAUCAAAGUGCAUUUAAGCUAUUUAAGCUUCACAUAUUUUGGCCUAGACCAUGUCUCUGUUUAGUCAUUAUCAAAACUAAUGUAUUGAAAAUUCAAAAGUAGUUUUUAAGAAUUAUACCAGUAGUUUAUGCUUUGUGCAACAAUGCUAUAAUUGUCAUAGAUGUGAUUGUUUUAUUUUAAUUUAGAAUAUAAAAUGAACUGCCAAUCAUUAUCAGUAAGGGUAUAUACCACACAUGGUAAAUUUAUACUGAUAGUAUUCCUAUCCCAAAUGAUUUUACAUCAAUGAUUAUUAUCACUAAAUGAUUUAAUCUUUUUUUAUAGGUAGAUACUAAUUCCUCUGUGCUUUAUUAGUAGGAAUGACUAUAUCUGCAAUAUUUUUAUUCCUGCAGACUGCGUUGUAAUCCCGCAUAUAAGUCAUAUGAUACCUGGUUAUAAUUAGGCUUCAGUUAUAACCAAGUGGCAAAUUUUAUAAUGAAAGCAAUAAUUUUUACUGCCUGAAUUAUUAAAAACAUACUUUUAAAUUGUGACAAAUUUGAAAACUAAUUUUUGUGGGAUACUAUUAGCCCACCUAAAAUAUUUAUUUUUGAAAUUUUAUCUCCCAUCAUAUAGGUAAUGCCUACCUAUCUUCACUCCUGUUAUUGUAUAAUAUGUGUACAUCUCUGUGAACAAAGACGAAAUUCACUUUUUUUUUUUAAAACUAAUUGAAUCUAUAUUAGCUUUACCUAUUAAAUAUUGCUUCUGUCACAAAAUUUACCUGUAGUUUAUAUGCACGUUCAUGCAGAAGUCAAUCCAAUGUUUUAUUAAUUUUGUAUACCUCCAAUUUUCCAUAGUUUUUAUGCCAUAAUAUAUUUUAUAAUUAAGUUUUUA